CGGCAGAGGGUCCAUUAGCUGUGGACCCCCUCCUUGGUUGCUUGGUGAUAAAGCAAACGAAGAGUGUUUGACCAACACAAAUAUUUGGACUUCCUGCGACGCACACACACGCUGAGGUGUGCUCGUAUAUAAACAGCCACCAUUGGACUGGACAACAUUGCAAUUGCUUUCCUGACAGGAAGCUCAUGAGAAGUCCAUCAGAAGCUCUACAGAAUCUAACCAAAGGUUCAACAGAAGCUCGCCAAAACUCUGCUAGAAGCUUGACGGAAAUCUGUUAGAAGCUCACCAAAAGUUCAAGAGCAGCUUGCCAGAAUGUUGCCAAAAGUCUGCCCGGAUUUCGCCAGAAGACUGCAGGAAGCUUGCCACUAGUCUGCCGGAAAUUCGCCAAAAAUUCGACAAGACACUCGCCAAAAGUUCGACAGAGGCUCGCCAAAACUCUUCGAGUAGCUCACUAAGAGUCUGCUGGAAGCUCACCAAAAGUUCGACAGACACUUGCCAGAAGUUCAACAGCAGCUUGCUAGAAUAUCGUCAAAAGUCUGGCGGAAGCUCGCCAUAAACUCGACCGUAACUCGCCAAAACUCUGCUACAAGCUUACCAGAAGUCUACCGUAAGCUCGCCAAAAGUCUGCUACAAACUCGCCAGAGGUCUACUGGAAGCUCGCCAGAAGUUUGACAGACGCUUGCCAAAAGUCCGACAGAGGCUCGCCAAAACUCUUCUGGAAGCUCCUUAGAAGUCUGCUUUCAGUUCACCAAAAGUCUGACAGAGGCUCGCCAAAAGUCUGCUACAAGCACGCCAGAAGUCUACUGGAAGCUGACCAGAAGUUUGACGGAAACUCGCCAAAAGUUCCGUAGACGCUUGCUAAAAGUCAGACAGAGGAUCGCCAAAACUCUUCUAGAAGCUCACUAGAAGUGUGCUGGAAGCUCACCAAAAGUUCGACAGACAUUUGCCAGAAGUUCAACAGCAGCUUGCUAGAAUAUCGCCAAACGUCUGUCAGAAGUUUGCCAGAAGUCUACCGUAAGCUUGCCAAAAGUCUGCUACAAGCUCGCCAAAAGUUCGACAGACACUUGCUAGAAGUUCAACAGCAGCUUGAUAGAAUAUCGCCAAAAGUCUGUCGGAAGUUCGCCAGAAGUCUGGUAGAAGCUUGUCAAAAGUCUGCCGAAAGCUCGCCAAAAGCUCGAGAGAAAUUUGCCAAAACUCUGCUACAAGCUUACCAGAAGUCUACCGUAAGCUAGCCAAAAGUCUGCUACAAGCUCGCCAAAAGUCUACUGGAAGCUGGCCAAAAGUUUGACAGAAGCUCGACAGAACUCUGCUAGAAGAGCUCCAGGAGUCUGCCAAUUGUUUGACAGAAGCUCACUAAAACACUGCUGAAAGCUUGACAGAAGCUCGACAGAACUCUGCUAGAAGAGCUCCAAAAGUAUGCCAGACGUUUGCCAAAAGUUUUACAGAGGUUUACCGAAGGUUUGACAGAAGAUCAGCAAAACUCUGCAAGAAGCUCGCCAGAAGUCUACCGGAAACUCACCAAAGGUUUCUACAGAAGCUUGCCAGAAGUUUUCCAGCGCUUGCCAAAUGUUCGACAGAACCUUGCCAAAAGUUUGACUAAAACUCGAUAAAAGUUCCACAGAAGUUUUGUAAAAGAAAUCAUCAGCAGCUGGCCAAAAGUUUGACAGAAGCUCGUGAGAAGUUCGACAGACGCUCGUGAGAAGUUUGACAGAAGCUCAUUAGAAGUUCGACAGAAGCUUGUCUUCUGCUUGACUUCCAAUCAAGCGUCAUGGCGGCAGGUGUCAUGAGGAGCUUCCUGGUCCAGACUCCAUCUUGCGACUACUUCCCCAUUCUCUUCCAGCAGUCCCCAUGCAAGGAAGACAAGAAGGAGGGCGAAAAGGAGGACGAGAGGACUGAGGAGCUGGAAGACGAAGAGGAUGAAGACAUGGAGGAAGAAGAGGAGGAAUGUUUUGAAGAAGUUUCCCAUCAUGCUUUGGACGUCACCAAGCAGCUGCUGAAAUUUGCCGACCUCAUCAGUCGAGACGUCCAGAGAUACUUUGGCCGUCGUCAUGGCGACCAGGAGACACGGGACAUCUACGACGACAGCGUCUCCGUCACCACCAGCGGGCGCCUGCGUUACUACGACGACCUGCUCAGACUCGCCAGGUCUGGAGGUCCGGAAGAGCGAGAAGACGCUUCUUCUAGGACUCACCAAGACCAGCAGGGGUCUGGUUUGGGCCCCCUGGCGGACCUCUUUGACCACAAAUGUCCUCGUCAGGUCCGUCCCAUGAACACGAGACAGCUGCCGCUCAGCUUUUGGACACAGCCUGACCCCCCUGACACGCACUCGCACUACAGUCUGCUCACACACACCUUGGAGAACUCUCCGCCGGACUUCAGUGACUUGUUGGCCCACUGGGACCCCAACCCUGAGCUCACUGACACUCUGGCGCACGGCACUAAUAUGGAACAUUAAACGCACCAUCUAUACCAUGACUGUAUAGUACAAAUGUUUAAUAUUCAAAACCCAGGUGUAAUUUCUUUUUUUUUCAA